AUGGAGAUGGAUGAGGACCCGGAUAUCCUGCCCACCCAGGGGCAGGGCAACAUCAUCAUUACUAAGUAUGAGCAGGGAUGCUGAGCUGGGGCAGCAGUGGACACAGAGCAUGAGCGUGUCAACAUCUGGAAAUUCACCAGUCGCCUCUGGGUUGUGUGGCCAGCCUCGAGCUCCCUCUUCUCCAAGGUCCUGCUGUCUCGAAGCAUGUACAAAGGCAUUCCCCUGGUGUGAGGCCGGGCGUGAUCACUCCUGCUAGACAUUGAAAAAGUCAAGUCCCAGAACCCAGGAAAUACAAGGUAAGGCCCUCCCACACUCGUCCUGAAGGAAAAGGGCAAGAGGUCCUCCAGAGUCAUCCACCGCAUCAAGGUAGAUGUCAGCCACACCCUGCAGAACCACAAGAUGUUUAGAGUAUUCCCGGGCAGCGAUAUUCCCGGGCCAUGUGCCCAUACUCACAGGCAUGGGUGCCUCUCGGGGGUGUCGGCACUUCUUGAAAAUUCAGUGUUUGUGACCCACCAGGACGUACAGGUGGGCUACCACAGGGACCUGAGCCACAUCACCGCCAUCCUCCUCCUGUAUCUGCUAGAGGAAGAUGCUUUCUGGGUGCUGGCUCAGCUGCUGGCCAGUGAGAGGCACUCCCUGUAGGGUAGGUGGACAGCUUAUUCUACAGCCCAAAUACUGCCCAGAUUCAGAGGCUCCUAUCGCACCAGGAGAAGGUGCUGCACAAGUCCUUCCUGAAGAUCGUGA